CUGUGCAUAGCACGAGGCAUACAAACGUUUUUCUGUUCAAUCGACAUUGUACGAAGAAAUGUAACGUUUCUUCCACUAGCUGGCAGCACAUACCUGAAUGUAAAACUGCAAUAAAAUCUAACCGAGAAUGUUUUGAUAGCAUUUACAUGGUCGUGUAAAAUAAUUGCUAGUUGUAAGUUUGUUUUGAAAGUGACAAUAAACUAUCAUUUAUGAAUAACAAUGUUGUUUCGUUACGCAGUUUCGAAUGCUCGUGCGUUGUUCAAUGUCAUAAGUGCCGAAGUAUGCCUGCAGUGUAGUAACAGAAAUAAAGUUCUAACAUCGACGCGAUUAACUCAACGUCUGUUUGCAACAAGCGUGCAGUGUCCUACAAUCGGUGAAAUUAUCGAACAAUGGAGUGACCGGUUCAAGAACGAAGGUGUUCCAGAACCCGUCGAAUCGAUCGAGCACAUCGUCGCACAUGUUAUAGGCACUAGCAAGAUAUUAGACCUUGUUAACGCGCGAAACGAACGACUUACGUCAGACCAACAUGAUACUUUGGAAUCACUGUGCGAAUGUCGAUUAUCUCGAAUGCCGGUGCAAUACAUAAUAGGAGAAUGGGACUUUCGAGAUAUUAAUUUGAAAUUAAUGCCGCCGGUUUUUAUUCCACGACCGGAAACGGAAAUGUUAGUUCAUUACGUUUUGAAGGGACUGAGUUCUUCUCAAAAUAAAAGCCAUGAGAUUUUAGAAGUUGGAUGCGGUUCUGGAGCAAUUUCUCUUGCCAUUGCGCACAGUAAUAAAACAGUAAAUUGUAUAGCAAUUGAUUCAAGUCCAGAUGCGUGUGAGUUAACUAAAGAAAAUCGUGACAGAUUAGGCCUUGAAAACCAAGUUGCAAUUAUGCAUGCUACCCUUAAAGAGGAUGGAACCAUUGAUCUUACAAAUGUGAUAAGUGGCCCGAAAGACCUUGAUUUAAGUUCGAAAACUUUUGACUUUAUCGUCAGUAAUCCUCCUUACGUGCCGACUAAGCAGAUACCUACUUUAGCACCAGAGAUUAAAAUUUAUGAAGAUUUAACGGCACUCGAUGGAGGUGACGAUGGUUUGAAAAUAGUUAAACCCCUGUUGAAAUAUGCUGCUACAGCUUUGAAACCUGGUGGACGUUUACUGUUAGAAGUGGACACAACUCAUCCCGAAUACAUACAGUUCUUCACAAAAAAAUAUCCAGUUCUUAAACUCCAGUACGAACAUACGUACAAAGAUUUUUGUAACAACGACCGAUUCGUUGAGAUAUCAAAAAUUUCGUAAAAAUAAUUUCUGUAGGAAUGAAGUAAACUUCAUUUACAUUUGUACAAUUAUGUAAUAAUAUUUGUACAAUUAUACACGAAAUGAAUUGUUUAGAACAUACUGUGACAUAUUUAAAAUAAUUUAUUUGAUUUUUCCAUUUGUUAAUACUUUGAUUAAAAAUGUUCUUAUGUUGGACGGAUCAAUUACGAAAUUACAUUACAUUUAUUACAGAUCGAUUCUUACCGUGUAAAUAAAUAAUACUUAACGAAAAUGAUGUACUGAGCAUUUUGAUAAUUCGCCCAGUUGUAUGAUAUGUACAAUGAAUAUCGAAAGUUAUAAUAAAUACAUUAAUGAAUAAA